CAGUACCAUGGGAGCUGUACGAGCUGAAAACGAUGGUGUCCGCCGCGGCCGGAGGAAGUCAUCAUCGAGAGGGCACUAUAGGUUUGUGGGAGUGAGGCAGAGGCCGUCGGGAAGAUGGGUGGCGGAGAUCAAAGACUCAUUGCAAAAGGUCAGGCUUUGGCUUGGGACUUUCGACACUGCUGAGGAUGCUGCAAGGGCUUAUGAUGAGGCCGCGCGGACCUUGCGCGGCCCAAAUGCCCGCACUAACUUUGAACUGUCUCAAUCCAAUGGUGCGGGCGUCGGAGGUUCCGGGAUGGAAGAUGUUGAACCGUUUUCGUUUGAGACUGAUUGUGACAAUGGAGCUGAAGCAGAUGGCUUGCUUGGUGCCCUAAGAGCUAAGUUGCAGCUUACUGAUGGCAAGGGACUUGGUCUAGUGCAUGAAAAGAUUGAACCGUCUCCAAGGGUUGCGCCACGUGGCGGUGGGGUUGGAUUUGCUAACCAUCCUAUUCAGCAGGGUUUAUAUACGGCUGAGUCUUCGAAACAGAAAAGUAUUACUCAAGAUCAUCAGUGUAUUCAACUUCUCUCUCAGGACCGUAUGUUUGAUGACCGUGAUCAGACGCAGGCGGCUCCUGCCGGUAACGCUGCGUCAAACACGGGCCUGGGGUGGACCAAUGAAUCUCCAGCAUAUGAAGCGACUUGGUGCAACACACUACCUAUGCCUACAUGGCCAGUAACAACUGAUCAGUCGACCAUUGUGAAUAUGCUAUAUACAGAUCAGUGUCCGAUGGAAAUGGCAACAACAAGUAGAGAUCAUGGGAAAGUCACUGCGAUAAGCGUGACGCAGCAGCUGUCACAGAUUGAAGGAGCCAUGGGAGGUGGUGCUUGGCCUGCAGAGCAGCAGUACUUGCAGUUUGAAAACAAUUGGGCGGCUUCAGCUGCUAAUGGAAUUUGGGAAUCCCAAGGUCUAUUCUAUCAGGCCUCUGUUUCUGGAGUGAUGUGAUAUAAACUAAAUUAGUGUAUGAGUACUUAUACUUGAUCAUCUCUGUGCUAUUCUUUCUGGUUCUUUCGUUUUUUGACCUUAGCUCAUCAAAUGCUAAUCAUUCUUUAGUGUGCGCUACCAAAUAAGUUAAAUAUCCCAUUGUUUGUGUCCUGCAGCAGUGAAUGAUCAUAAGAAGCGCGCGAAAAAUAUAUAUAGCUUCUUAUGAUCGACGCAUGUAACAUGUAAUAAUCUUUUUCUUUCUUCUGGUCAAAUU